AUAGAACCUUUUCCUUUCGUCUCUCUUUUCCUUUCCCCUCCAUUCCUUCCCUCCAAUUGCUCCAUCCACCAAGCAAAGCAUCUCCCAAUUCCCACCAAUCCAUGGAGAAGGAGAAUUCCCCUUGCUAUCGCCACUUCCAUCUGCUCAUCUAUCUCCUCUCCAUCACCGCCGGCGUCUCCAAGUCAACCAUCGAGCCCUGCUCCGGCUCCGACUCCUGCCCCGCCCUCCUCGGCUACACCCUCUACGCCGACCUCAAGCUCUCCGAGGUGCCCUCCUUCCACGUCGACCCCCUCGCGGUUCUCGCCUCCAACGCCUUCGACCCCUCCUUCCCCGACGUAGCCGACCGCAUCCUGCCGGCCGGCCUCCUCCUCCGCGUCCCCACCCGCUGCUCCUGCGCCGACGGCAUCCGCCGCUCCCUCUCCGCGCGCUACCGCACUCGCCCGGGCGACACCCUCGCCUCCAUCGCUGGCUCCGUCUUCGGUGGCCUUGCAACGCCGGACCAGAUCAGGGAGGCCAACGGCAUCCCAGACCCGGCGGCGCUCGAAGUGGGACGGACGCUCGUCGUGCCCCUGCCAUGCGCCUGCUUCAACUUGUCCGACAACUUCCUCCCGGCGGUCUACCUCUCCUACGCCGUCAGAGCAGGGGACAGCGUCCCCAGCAUCGCCGCCAUGUACUCCACCACCGUCACCGAUAUCAUGAAUGUCAACUCGUUAGGAAGCACGGCCGCGAUCAAUCCCGGCGAUGUGCUCGUUAUCCCCUUGCCAGCUUGCCCAUCAAGGUUCUCGAACUACGCCUCAGAUUUUGGUAUGAUCGUGGCGAAUGGCACUUACGCCAUUACUGCUGAUAAUUGCGUGCAAUGCAGCUGCGGACCAGGAAAUCUCAAUUUGUACUGCACGCCGGCUUCUCUGUCAGUGUCGUGUUCGAGCAUGCAAUGCAGAAGCAGCAGCCUCAUAGUGGGAAACAUCACCACCAAGUCUACCGGAGCUGGCUGCAAUGUCACAUCCUGUAACUAUAGUGGUUUUGUAAACGGGUCGAUAGUCACUAAAUUGACUAAGUCGCUUCAACCUCGUUGCCCUGUGCAACCUCAGCUGCCCUCAUUGACACCGCCGCCAACGACACUGAUGCGCGAUCUGUUUCUUGCUCCAACGCCGUUGCCACUGCCACCGGAGGCAGGUGGCGCUUUGCCUACGCCGAAGCCGUCGCCGAAGUCUCCGGUGUCGGGGGAAUUGGCUCUGCCUGGCGUUUCUCCGGCAACUGGUCCUGACGCAACCGCCAUGGUGGGUGGUUCUGCGAGUUCCAUGAAUCGCAAGGAAGCAAUUCUCAUCUUUUGCUCGGCUCUCAGCUUAUUAUUAGCUUUUGCCCUUCCAUCCACUGACACGUCAAUUUUGUUGCAUUAGUAGAUUUUACAAUCAUUUUUCGAUAUUUUUGCCUUGUCGAUGCUGAAGUUAAUUUGUGGUUUGAUAGAGCGAGACGAUGCUAAAAUUAAAAGUUUGGAAGCAUUUCUCUUUAA